AUUGGAUGUCUCCAUGUGAGUACCUACCCCCCCAGGCCUCAUUCAUCUCUCUGUGCGAAUAAAACUAACGCUCUGCCGCCAGAUUACACGAUCGCGUGGAUGCGCGCCUAUGUCUUGCCCGAGCGGCUCGGAGGGAAGGCCACUAGGUUCACGGCGACGGGAAGUAUCGUGAACCCGACGUUUGAGCGAGACGCAUCUCGGCGCAUCUCGCGGCGGCAGCGCCUGUACCACAUCGUGGUGGAGUGCGGAGCUUGGAUUCCGGUUCUCGUCAUCUUGUCGCUGGUGGGUGGCGUCACGGGCCGGAUCCUCUACGAAGUGUACGGCGCUCCCGGUGCCAGCCGGGCCGCGCAUGACACCUUACUCCAGGUGCUGCGAGCCGUUGGCUGGCCUUCCAACUCCUGGUUCCUCACCUUGGGCGCCAACCUCACGCCCCUGGCGUACGCCUUCUUCCCGCCGGAUGUGCCGCAAAGGGAUCGUCUGAUGGGUAAGAGGGAAGAGAACGGCGCGCGGUAUCCGAAGUCCACCGAGGAGAGGGCCAAGAUGAAGUCGACACCAAGGGUCACCUCGUCCAUCUUUCAUGUCCUCUACUUUGCCUAUGUGUUCUACAACGCAGCCUUGCUCUACGCGAGCCGUUGGAUUUAAGCUGUAAUUAAUUAAUGAGCCGUCUAGGAGACUCGGGCUGCCUUUGGGCCGCCGGAAUGGGUUCGGAAGGCGAGCGCUGGAAUUGUGCAAAGAAAGGAGAAGGAAGAUAGAUGGACGAAUGGCGUCCUUUUCAUAGAUGUAUAUACCCUGAGUGUUUCGAUUGGUGGUUUGCCGUGCUGUGAAAUACCUUAAAGCUCGUGAGCUUCGAGGCUCCUGAACCCCCUUUUUGCGGUCACGCAUAUCAGGGCGAAGUACUCCAUGUUUUGAUAGUUUGCAAGAAAUCAACGGUUUCUUACGAUAGGUAAGGUAAGUAGUGAAAGAACAUUCCCCGCCUAGCGUUAUUUGGUACAGAAAUAGAUCAGAGACGGCGGUGGAGCCCGCAAUACUAGCAAGGUCAGGUAGCU